AUGACUACUGUAAGAAACUACCAAUACGCUUUUCGAACUUUCACCAGCUUAUCUACCCCGUUAUUUUCCUCACGUUUCGUUAGCAGUCUUCGUUGGAUCUCACCAAGAGCACUCACACCGCUCGUGUCUCGGUCACAUAAUUCACCUAGAUUUAUCGCCGUCGAAGCUCGCUCCAUAACAGACAUCGAUGGUUCCAAUUUGGCAGGGUUAGAACGGACGCACAAAGACGUGCAAAUACAGAAAGGUAACAACUGUCUGGAGUUUCAAAACCUCCCAAUCCAAUUAUUUAUUACUCACGGCGGACCAAACUCACGUUAUAAUGUUCUUGUCGCCUCUGGAAUGGUAAAGGAGGAUCCAUUUCAGCGUAGUAUUGUUAAUAUCCUUCAGGACUUGCACAAUCGAUUAGCAAAUUAUGAUCCACCACUUAUCACGGAAGCGCGGGACGAUAUAAAUAGUGGAUCCAUUUUCGGAAAGAUUACAAAACUGUUCAGUGCACCCUUAAAAAGAUCACAUGCUAAUAGCCCUAGAGGGUUAUAUCUUUACGGUGAUGUUGGAACUGGAAAGACCAUGUUAAUGGAUCUCUUUUACGAUUCAUUACCCAUUAAACGCAAGCGUCGUGUUCAUUUUCACGCAUUCAUGUUAGAUGUUCAUGCACGCGUUCACAUGCUCAAACAAUCUAAUUCCGAAACCUAUGAUCCAAUACCUCCCAUUGCCACAGAUUUGGCGAAUGAUGCCAUCGUGCUGUGCUUUGAUGAAUUUCAAGUCACUGACAUAGCGGAUGCAAUGAUUCUACGGCGUCUCUUCGAUGAGCUUUUCAAUCGAGGUGUCGUCGUAGUAACUACUUCAAAUCGGCAUCCAGACGAUUUAUACAAGAAUGGAAUCCAACGUAAAAGCUUCAUACCGUGUAUCGAGCUGCUAAAAGAACGAUGUCAGGUACAAACUCUUAACUCGGGGAUAGAUUAUCGUCAACGGUCCAAAGAGUCAAUGGGCGUUUAUUUUACCCCGCUGAAUGAAAAAUCAAGGACUGCAAUAGAGAAUGCGUUCAAAAAUUUAGCACAGGGGGGACCAAUUUAUGAGGAAAAGUUGAAUUUUUGGGGUAGAUCGUUGAUCGUGCCUCAAGCAAGUAGUGAUGUAGCCAAAUUCUCCUUCAAGGAAUUGUGUUGUCAGCCCCUCAGUGCCGCUGACUAUUUGGAACUCACCAAACGUUAUAACGUCAUCAUACUUUCUGAAAUUCCAAGACUAUCUUUAAGCUUGAAAAAUGAGGCGAGGAGGUUUAUCACAUUUAUUGAUGCGAUGUAUGAUACAAGGUCAACGUUAAUAUGUUCGGCGGAGGUACCACCUAAUGAGCUUUUCUUUACUGAAGAAGAUCCGGAUCCUACGCAUGAAAUUAAUCAUGACCUAUUAGACGAUCUAGGUUUACAUGCACAUGACCACAAACACAUUCCAAUAUUCACUGGAGAAGAGGAGAUAUUUGCAUUCGAGAGAGCAAUCUCGAGAUUGAUUGAGAUGCAAGGAGUAGAGUGGACGAGUAAAGUGAUUUUAAAGUUGCGAAAUAAUUCUCCUCAUUUUCCCGUUGAGUAUAUGGGAUGA